GUCAGACCCAUUCAUACACAACGACAUCGACCAUGACUCUCUCACGGAAUUUGAUACUGAUCUGCUUGGCGGUGAGCGUGGCCGCCAAAUGUAUCCGCGAGGAGGACCCUAAAGCUGAACUGGAACGAUACAUUGAAAAUAAAAUACCCGACAUUAAUCAAAGGUGGAGGCCUCACUAUCAUGUCGCACCACCUGUCGGAUGGAUGAACGACCCUAAUGGAUUCUCGUACUACAACGGAGAGUACCAUCUUUUCUAUCAAUUCUACCCGUACGACAGCGUUUGGGGGCCAAUGCACUGGGGCCACGUGAAGAGUCCGGAUCUGGUUAACUGGCAUCAGCUACCGACCGCGCUUCUGCCUGAUGAAGAGCAGUGCUUCUCCGGCAGUGCGGUGCAAGAUGGAGACACAAUGGUGCUCAUGUACACGGCUCACAUCAUCUCCGACAGGGAACCCUUCUAUAAUGAAACGCAAUACUUGGCCUACAGUGACGACGGAGUGAAUUUUAACAAAUAUAAUGGCAAUCCUGUUCUACCGUCGGCUCCCAACGGCUCGCCUGACUUCCGCGAUCCAAAAGUGUGGAGACACGGCGACCAUUGGUAUGUCAUCCUCGGCAGUAAGACUACCGAUCUUAGAGGCAGAGUGCUCCUGUACAGAUCGACAGAUUUAAAAGAAUGGGAAUUUUUAAAGGUUCUAGCGGAAUCACAAGGAGAUAUGGGUUACAUGUGGGAGUGUCCUGAUUUCUUCGAAUUGGAUGGAAAGUUUAUUCUUCUAAUGUCGCCACAAGGAUUGUCGCCGCAAGGAGAUCGAUACAAGAACACAUUCCAAAAUGGAUACAUCAUCGGUACCUUUGAUUACGAUACGUUCGAGUUCGUUCAGGAAGUACCUUUUCAGGAAAUCGACUUUGGUCAUGACUUCUACGCCGCUCAAACUACUGAAGUCGAUGGGAAGAGAUACCUGAUGUCCUGGUUCAGUAUGUGGGAGGUACCUCAUCCUGAGGAUGUCGACGGCUGGGCUGGCAUGAUGACUAUUGCAAGAGAAUUAAAAUUAGUCGGAAAUAAAAUAAUUAUGAAACCAGUGGACGGAAUGGCGGAUAUUAGACAAAGUGUUCCGAUUCUUAAUGUUUUGGAGUAUAAUGAGGAGGUAGACUUUGAGCAGGCCGUUGAAAUUAAUAUUGAAGCUGAUUUUGAUGAGAUAGUGGAGAUUAAACUUGAAGGGAGGAAUGGUGGUGGUUAUGUGGUGCUCAGUUGGGAUCCAUUAGUGGGAAAAGUGUCGGUUGACCGAGGAGCUGAGGACGUGCGGCAAGUGGAGUGGGAGCCCAAUAAUGAGACUUCAUGGAGAAUCUUCCUCGACUCGAGUUCUAUAGAACUGUUCUGUGGUAUUGGGGAUGUGGUAUUCAGCAGCAGAGUCUACCCGCUGGGAGGCUGGAAGAUGAUCAAUCUGAGCUCUCAGGAUAUUGAAAUAGAAGCAUACAAUUUGAAAAAGAGCUUUCCCGUGUAAACAAAAUUGAUUUCUGUGAUUAUUUCUGGUGAUCUAUUGUACACAUUUAUUUAUUACUUUUUGUAAAAGUUGCUAUGUAAAUAUUUUAGGAGUAAAUUUAUUUUUUAUUUCUUAAAGUCUUUGUUUAUUAUUUUCAUUACUUUAGAUAUAGAUUUUUGAACUAGUAAGUAUUUCUUUGCUUUUAUGUUGUGUUGUUGUUUAUUUGUUAAUAAAAUAUCGUUUGAUAGUU